ACACAAGUUACUGCUGCUUCUUGGAAACCCCCUACACUAAGAAGAAUCUGGAAGCACAUUACCACUUCAAAGGACUUCGUCCACUACUGCUACUGCUGAGUCAAUUUUACUUUUAUUUCAUUAAUGGCGUCUACAGUGGGGGAGACUUCCCCUUAACUCUUCGAUUUUGUGUAAUUUUACUCUUCGAUUCAGAAAUUUUAGUCUUCGAUUCAGAAAAUUUCCAUCAAUUUUGUGCAAUUUCAUCUUUCAAAUUGCAUUAGAACUUCAAAUUCUUUUGAAAUUCUUCUUUACACUCACAGUAAUAUGAUUCGGAAUCAUCUCAUUGGAUCCCCAACUGCAAACCACGUAGCCGAUUCACUUGAUAACUUGAAUGAGCUUCCGUGGGAUAAACUACUCUCGAGACAACAAGUAGAUCAUGAUAGCCAGAAAGGGAACAUGGAAAUUGUUCAAUUAUUACUGGAUGCUUCCUCACUCUUAGAUCACUAUUCCGAUAUGGAAACACUUUUUCCGAUAUGGAGUAACAAAAUAGGCGAUACCUGUCGAUCAUCUUCCAUAAAUGUAUAUGAUGAUGCCAAAGAACAGCUUGGUGAAGAUACAAAAGCUGGCCAUGAAGGUGCAGUAUCUGAUGGUAAUGAGGACUAUGAAAAUGUGUUGGAACAUGUAAAAGCUGAUCAUGAAAACGACAAUGACGUGGAAAAUGAUAUUGAAGAACCACAGGGUCAAGAAGUGACCACAGGUGCCAGUAUCCCAGUUAGACCGGAUGGUUGUACUAUGAGAGAUCAAGAUAGAAUUUUGUUCUCGAAAGACCAGAGCUUUGCAUCUCUUGAAGAGUGUCGUAACGCUAUAAAGGAUGCCGCAAUACUAAGUAAUACUGAAGUUGAAUUUUCCAAAUCGACGGGGGAAAGAAUUGUUGCUGCAUGUUCAGAUACAUCAGGUUGCUGUAAAUGGAAAAUACGUGCUAAAUCCAAUGGUUGCAAGAGAAGUAAUUACGUUGUAACCGAAAUACAGAACGUGCAUACAUGCCAACGUUUGAAUUUGAAGGUUACUACUAAUAAGCUGGCAACCCCUACAUGGGUGAGCAGUCAUAUUAUUGAUAAAGUAAGGCAAGAUAACAAUAUUACGACACAAGAGAUUAAACACAUUAUGAAGCAGUCUAAGUUCCAAAUAGAUAUUAAUUGCAAAACAGCAGAACGAGCAAAGAAAAGGGCUUUGGAUACAAUACAUGAAGUAUCUAAGAAGCAGAGACAAAAUUCGAUUGCUUCGUCAUCCGUUUCAUUGAAUGCACACCACCAAAGCCCUUCCAAUUUGAGGUUCUGGGAACAGAUUCCUGAACCAAUGCAGGAGUAUAUAAAUAACAUUGUAGACGUGGAAAAAGAUGGACAUUGUGGUUAUAGAGUUGUUGCAGUGCAAGCAGGUUAUGAGGCAAAAGAUGGUUGGAAGCAGGUUCGAAGAUUGUUGCUGAAGGAGGUCGUUCAGAAUGAAGAACUCUACGUGAAACUUAUGGACAGCGGUACAGUUGCAAAAAUGAGAAAAGCUUUCGAGUACUCUGAAGACCUUGCCGCUGAUACCCAAUAUUGGUUGAGUUUACCUGAUGCAGGUUACGUGAUUGCUAAUGCAUUUAAGGCCGUGGUCAUAUCACUUUCUCUGAAGUCCGGAAAUUUAACUUUUCUACCCCUUUUGGAACCUCCACCUGACGGACAACCUCACAAUAUUAUCGCUUUUGGCUUUGUUAAUGGAAAUCACUUCAUCAACUUGGACUUGAAACCUGAUGCUCCGAUACCUCAAGUUGAUCGCCGCUGGGAUACUAACGUCUCCAAGGCCGCUGAAGUCUGGAAAACACCUUAUCUGAACAGAAUUGAAAAGUUUAAGGAGAUCAUGGGAUUCAAGUUGGGUCAAACAGGUGAAGGUAAGAACUUUAUAAAUCUCGAAGAGAAUUUGCAGUCUCCGCCUCGUGGUCCUGCGACUCGCCCCGAGGAUACUGCUUCGUCUGCAAAGGAGUGCCGUCCCGAAAAUAGCAGCGUCACGGCACAUAGUGAAUUGCAGCUUUUGAACAGAGGGUCGGGUGUCCUCCAAGGUGUUUCAAAUCCUCUAGGUGCAUGUGCUCUUGAAGUUGGGUCUCUUAUUGGGGGUGGGCUUGAUCGUGGUACUGACACCACUUCUCGUGGGGCAAAUUUUUAUCGUGGUUUUGUGAACGAGACGUUGUUUGGUAAAGGUCUGCAAGCAUCUACAGACACUUCUCAAGCUGACACCAACAUGGGGAAGAGUGAACGGCAUGCAGGGGAGAUCCUGAACAGCAGAAAGCGAACUCGGGUCUUGAUAGAUACUUCGGACGAAUUUAAUACUAGUCAUUUCGAGACUACUCCAGCACAACACCAUCCAUCUCCUGACAGAGCUAUCAGUACCCCAAACUCUUUGAAGGGGAAGGCCACUUGGUUCACCUUCACUGGUUCUGCCGCUGCAGCUACUCUGUAUGGUUGUGCAGACUUUGUAUCGGUGUAUAAUUUUCCAGUUUCUCCUGAACAAACGGACUUUUACAAGUGGAUUGUCGAGAUGCAUGGUCAUAUAGCAUCUGUGGAAGUUCUUUCAGAGAGGAACACGCUUAUAACGUCUACACGGAUGUUAAUUGAUACCGCGUUAGCAAUACAGAAGUUGGGUGAGGCUUGUCCUUCUGAGGAGGAUUGGGCUGCUUGGCAGGAGGCAAUCAAGCUCCCUCGGAUUCUGAAAUUUAACAUUGCAUGGUUGGAGAUUCUCCUAGCUGCUAUUGAGGAGAGACGUAAAUUUCGCCGUCAGCUAUUGCAUCUUGAGAUUGCUCAGUUGGAAGAGGAAGUGGCAGAGAGUAAACGAAAGCUGAUAAAGCAUCAGGCCACUCAGUUACGCUUAGCCACCGAAGCAGCUGCUGUUGUUUUGGAAAUAGAAGCAACUAAGUCCGAUAUUGACGUUAAGAUGCGGUCUCUGUCCAAGAAGAAUAAUGACCUUGGUGCUCUUCCUUGAGAGAGUGUUUUUUUUUUCCAUUGCUCCUACUCUUCUGUUCGUCUUUCCUUCCCCACUGGUUUGGUGGACAAAUUUUUUUAAUGUUCAUAUUAAUUAAUUAAAGAAAUCUAUUAUCGGGGUUUCACAUUUAAAUAGAAGGGCUUCAUCUAACAGGACAAAAACAGGUCACCCAUAAAUAAUUUCAGA